UCGCUUACCCAUUAAAACGUUUUCUCUGGCACGGAAAUUGCUCUACCACCAGCAUCAGCAGCCACUGCUUCUUGAUGUUGUGGUAAGAAAUGCGCAUGCGUCCCACACUGGAAUUACUGCACUGGCCAGAAUAAGUUGGAUCUCGUCUGUCUUCACUGAAAUCCAAAAUCAUAUCAAAACUAUGGCGGUGUUGAGAAUAAGAAAAAUGAGCUACUUUGGGGUUUGGACCUUUCCUGUAAUAGUGGCAGUGGUCUGUGCGCAAAGUGUCAAUGACCCUAGCAAUAUGUCAAUCGUAAAAGAAACUGUGGAUAGACUGUUGAAAGGAUAUGACAUUCGCUUGAGGCCGGAUUUCGGAGGUCCCCCUGUGGGUGUUGGGAUGAAUAUAGACAUAGCCAGCAUAGACAUGGUAUCUGAAGUCAAUAUGGACUAUACAUUGACUAUGUAUUUCCAGCAAGCUUGGCGAGACAAGCGGUUAUCCUACUCAGAGAUUCCCCUCAAUCUCACCCUGGAUAACCGGGUAGCGGAUCAGCUGUGGGUCCCGGACACCUACUUCCUAAAUGACAAGAAGUCUUUUGUCCAUGGUGUCACUGUGAAAAACAGAAUGAUUCGACUGCAUCCAGAUGGCACUGUGCUCUAUAGCCUGAGGAUCACCACUACAGCAGCUUGUAUGAUGGACCUGAGACGAUAUCCACUGGACGAGCAAAACUGCACAUUGGAGAUAGAGAGCUAUGGGUACACCACUGAUGACAUAGAGUUCUACUGGCGAGGAGGUGACAAUGCUGUGACGGGGGUGGAGAGAAUAGAACUCCCCCAGUUCUCCAUUGUGGACCACAAACUCAUCUCCAAGAAUGUCGUCUUCUCUACAGGAUCCUACCCCCGACUCUCCCUCAGCUUCAAGCUAAAAAGGAACAUCGGCUAUUUCAUCCUGCAGACCUACAUGCCCUCUAUCCUGAUCACAAUCCUCUCCUGGGUCUCCUUCUGGAUCAACUAUGAUGCCUCUGCUGCCAGAGUGGCUUUAGGAAUCACCACUGUGCUGACCAUGACCACCAUCAACACUCACCUGCGGGAGACCCUUCCUAAAAUCCCUUAUGUCAAGGCCAUUGACAUGUACCUGAUGGGCUGCUUCGUCUUCGUUUUUCUGGCCCUGCUGGAGUAUGCCUUGGUCAACUACAUCUUCUUCGGCAGGGGACCCCAGCGCCAGAAGAGGGCGGCUGAGAAAGCAGCCGUGGCCAACAACGAGAACAUGAGAAUGGAUCCAAACAAGUGGAUGGUGGGAAAUGUCGUUCAGAGAGACGAUACUCUGUAUGCGCGAAUGAAACAGAGGGAUAUUGACGCUCAUGACUCAAUGUGGGAACCAAUCUUUGUGGAUGAUGCAGCGAUGGGACUAGGCGAUCAAAAGAAUAAGAUGGACCCACAUGAAAACAUUCUACUGGGAACAAUAGAAAUUAAGAAUGAGAUGGGAGCGUCGGAGCUGACCCUUGGUCUCAGUGACCCCAGGAGCACCAUGUUGACUUAUGACAGCUCCACCCUGCAGUACCGCAAAGCAGGACUGCAGGCCAGGCACAACUUUGGACGCAACACUCUGGAGAGGCAUGUGACUCAGAAGAAGAGCCGGCUACGGAGGCGUGCUUCUCAGCUGAAGAUUAACAUUCCCGACUUAACUGAUGUAAACUCUAUCGACAAGUGGUCGAGAAUGAUCUUCCCCACUGUAUUUUCCUUGUUCAACAUUAUCUAUUGGCUCUACUACGUCAACUAAAUGGACUUCAGCAAGGGCAGAACAAAACAAAAAACAACAAAAAUGUUGCUUGUUUUUCUCUGAAUUGGUAUCAUUUUGCUGUUUGUUCUUGCAACACAAGACUGAAUUACUAAAACAAAAUCAGGACUGAUUCCAUUUGAGCUUGGAACACCUUAAUUGCUGGCUAACACAUGAAAACCUUAGAGGAGAGAAAGAUUCAGAACAUAUAUGGUGCCUGUACCAGAGUUUUUGUUUAUAAUUUAGAAUAUUUAGUGAAUAUAGUAUUUUAUCAUUUUUAAAUGUUUGUAUGCAUAUAUUUUUGUUUUAUUUGUACAAUCCAUAUUUAAUUUUUUGCCAAAACAUAGUUAGAAAUAUUAAUGAUAUAUUGAUUUUAAAAUGACUCACAGACCACAAAGACAUUCCUUAAAUCAGCUACAAGCACAUUCAGGUCAAUCUUUUCUAAGAUGUAUUCAUUCAAAGAGACAGAUGGGAUGUUAUUUAUCCUACAAAUGAUUUUGUCUUUGUAUUGUGAACUUUCCAUUUUCAUAGUAUUGCUAUAUUAAGUCAUAGCAUGAGGGUUUUAUGAUUAACCAACCUUUUCUACGUUGAUAUAGUUGACAAAUCAUACACUUUCUUUGAAGCAUUAUUUCAAUUCUAAGAAAACAUUUGAUAGUGUCGUAGAUAUUCUAAACAACAGAAACUAACAUCAUUCCAAACCUUGACCGAAGAAACUAGAAGGUAAAGCUUACAGACGAUUCACACUGAAUGCUAUAGCACACCUUACAGACAAAUGUAUCACUAAGCCUUUGAUUCCUGGUUUAACAUUGUUUUCAUAGCUUAUUCGCUCAGAAAAGGUACAGAAUAUUCACUUGAUUGAUCAAAUUUCAAGCCCCCUGUCAACUGAGAGGUUGAAUAUAUUGCAAAACAAAGGGACAGAAGAAGAGAGAGAAACUGAGAAAGAGAAGGGUGCAUUAGUCAUCAAUGCAGUUCACGAAUCAGUGAUACAGGGAUAGAUACUGUAUAUGAUCAAAGAUAUCUUGAAGACAGAUGCACAAAUGUGUAUCUUCAUAUUGUCCCUUGUCCAUUUUAGUCCUUUGUUCACAUAUCCGUAAGAUUACAGGAUACAAUGAUGUAUUUGUUCAUGCUUGCUCUUCAUAUAGAUAUACAGAAACGCGCAUUGGCUCUAGUUUGUUAAGAAGCAUCAGAUAACAUCUGCUAUGUGAUUCCUAUUCCUAAUGACUGAUGCCAUUGAGCCAACAGUUAAGGCGUCUAUCAUGGGCAUUUUGUGAUGCAUCACAAGCCAUUAUUUUCUAUCACCAUGAUGUGUAAAUAUCUCCUGUAAAUGAUUGUUUAAAAAGGAAUGGUGUCUAUCAUAGUUCCAGAGAGGAUCCAUCCAGCGUUUGUCCAUGACAUAAUUCACUUCAGGAAGCUGGAAGGGUUUGCAUGACGGUUUUGAGCAACUCCACAUAGUAAAUAUACAUUGUCAUUACUGCCAUUUCAAACAGCCAGGUUUCGAUAUUAACCAUACAAAAGAACAUGUACGAAUGAGAGAAAAGCCUGCUCUGCAAGCUGGUAAGAUGAACCAGAAUACAAAAAAGCACAACACUGCUCCAAAUCUCAAUUGAAAAGGGGCAGUCCUCUUUUAUUUUUAAGAUAUGUUUCUUUUUGGUUAUCAGUACAUUCCAUUACUCUACUUUUCUGACAAAUCUUUACCAUAAGUAAACUGUAACAAUGCUACUUUUCCUUCAAUUUUUACCUUAAUAGUGAAACUCCAUAAAGAAUCACGCCUAGGUAUGGCAUCGCGAGUAGUAUAAUCAACAUUCAACAUACAGUGCAUUCGGGAAAGUAUUCAGACACCUUGACUUUUUCCACAUUUUAUUACGUUACAUCAUCAUUCUAAAAUGUAUUAAAUCGUUUUUUCCCCACCUCAUCUACACAUAAUACCCCAUAAUGACAAAGCAAAAACUGUUUUUUAGAAAAUGUUUCAAAUUUAUUACAAAUAAAAAACUGAAAUAUCACAUUUACGUAAAUAUUCAGACCCUUUACUCUGUACUUUUUGAAGAGCCUUUGGCAGCGAUUACAGCCUUGAGUCUUCUUGGGUAUUACGUUACAAGCUUGGCACACCUGUAUUAAGGGAGUUUCUCCCAUUCUUCUCUGCAGAUCCUCUCGUUGUUGCACAGCUAUUUUCAGAUCUCUGCAGAGAUGUUUGUUCAGGUUCUGGCUGGGCCACUCAAGGAAAUUCAUAGACUUGUCCCGAAGCCGCUCCUGCUUUGUCUUGGCUGUGUGCUUAGGGUCGUUGUCCUGUUGGAAGGUGAACCUUCGCCCCCAGUCAGGUCCUUAGCACUCUGGAGCAGGUUUUCAUGAAGAAUCUCUCUGUACUUUGCUCUGUUCAUCAUUCCCUCCAUCCUGACUAGUCUCCCAUUCCCAUUCAGAUGCUGCCACCACCAUGCUUCACCGUAGGGAUGGUACCAUGUUUCUUCCAGACGUGACACUUGGCAUUCAGGUGAAGAGUUCAAUCUUGGUUUCAUCAGACCAGAGAAUCUUGUUUCUCAUGUUCUGAGUCCUUUAGGUGCCUUUUGGCAAACCCCAAGCGGGCUCUCAUGUGCCUUUUACUGAGGAGUGGGUUCCUUCUGGCCAUUCUACCAUAAAGGCCUGAUUGGUGGAGUGCUGCAGAGAUGAUUGUCCUUCUGGAAGGUUCUCCCAUCUCCACGGAGGAACUCUGGAGCUCUGUCAGAGUGACCAUCGGGAUCUUUGUCACCUCCCUGACCAAGGCCCUUCUUCCCUGAUUGCCCAGUUUGGCCGGGCGGCCAGCUCUAGGAAGAGUCUUGGUGGUUGCAAACUUCUUCCAUUUAAGAAUGAUGUUGGCCACUGUUCUUGAAGACCUUCAAUGUUGCAGACAUUUUUUGAUACCCUUCCCCAGAUCUGUGCCUCGACACGAUCCUGUCUCUGAGCUCUACGGACCCCAAUUCCGUCGACCUCAUGGCUUGGGUUUUGCUCUGACAUGCGUUGUCAGCUGUGGGACCUUUAUAUAGACAGGUGUGUGCCUUUCCAAAUAAUUUCCAAUCAAUUGAAUUUACUGCAGUUGGACUCCAAUCAAGUUGUAGAAACAUCUCAAGGAUGAUCAAUGGAAACAGGACGCCCCUGAGCUAAAUUUCGAGUCUCAUAGAAAAGGGUCUGUAUACUUAUGUAAAUAAUGUAUUUCUAUUUUUUAUUAUUAAUACGUUUGCAAACAUUUCUAGAAACCUGUUUAUCGCUUUGUCAUUAUGGGGUAUUGCUUGUAGAUUGAUGAUGCAUUUCUUUUGGUCAAUUCGUUUUCGAAUAAGGCUGUAACGUAACAAAAUGUGGAAAAAGUCAAGGGGUCUGAAUACUUUCCAAAUGCACUGUAAAUUAAGAAACCUCUAAAACAUUUUUGACACCAAAACACACAAUACUGUAAUAUUACUACUUUCCUGUCUGUUUGUUUACCUUAUUAGUGAAACUUCAUGAAGAACUGUACACAUGUUGGAAUUCCCAUGUUUUACCACUGCCUUUAUAAAACAACAUUUUGCACAAACCGAUACAAAAGCCAUAGUGGCUGUAUAGUAGGUGUUCCAAAAUAACUUGGUGCUCCCUCCAAACAGAGAUAGUUUCAAGGAUUAGACUAGACCAUUUCAAUUUCUCUCUUAUGCUCCUUGGAAUAGUAAUGGAACCAAAAACAGGGAUAAAUGCACAAAUAUUCUAAAUGAUUUAUCUUAGUGAUUUCUGAUCAUUUUAGGGUUUGAUGAACCCUAGAUGAUCGGUAACAAUAAAAUAUACAAAACAUGUCCAUGAACAUUUGUAUUUUCCUUAAAUGCAGAUGUAGUAACAUCACCUCAAGUUCAAUUGCGUUUGUUUUCAACAUCAUUGAUAUUCACAAAAUAUGUCAUAUUGCAUUGCAUCUACAUGCUUUACAUCUACAUACUCUUUUCUAAAUACUGUCAACUUGUGUUCAGUUCCUUGCUUUUGAUUUAGGUCCAGGGGUUCCCAAAAUGGUGUCCGCAGCCAGAUAUUUUUUAUUUGAGUUUUUUAUGAAUACUGCUAACAACAACAGAUUAAACAAAUUUUGUCCAAGAGAGUCGUGGAAUACAUUUAGAGGUUGUAAUACAGUACAAUACUAUGUCAUUCUAUUAAUCUAUGACAUACAGUAUGUUCUUAACCAUGGGCAAAAUGGGUCUGGGAUGCUCACAGGGAUAUUGGUAUCCACAAUACUCCACCAAUUACCCAAUGUUCAACUCAAUACUUGUUUUGAACAUAAAUGCAAUUCAUUUCUCUUUCUAAUUAUGUAAAAUUGUAUAGAAUGGCAGCUUAAAAACUGCAACAUUUUCUCUACGAUGCCAAGUGGGCCUGUUUUUCCACCGGGCCUGAGACUUGGUUCGUCCAGCCAUGCACUGUAGACAUCAUAGUUAAACACCUUGUACAGUUUGCUACAGCAAGAAAAUGAUCUUGCAGCAACAGGAAAUGCAAAUUAUUAUGUGGAUUAUAAUUCAUAAAAACAUGUGUAGGGGUAGAUUUUGUUAGGGCAAAUCAAGUCUGACAUUUCAAAGUGGAAAUUACAAACUUUAGAUGCCUUUUUAAAACUACAAGUACACUACAAGAUUGCAUUUCCUUCUUUGCAGGAAAAUUCUCAGCAACAAAAGAUUGAUCAAAUUAAGAUCCUACAUCUGUAUGCUAUUUUUAUUGCACUCAAGUUUCAGAUUUUUUUUUUUACCUUUAUUCAACUUGGCACAUUCUUACUUGCGAUGACGGCCUACCCUGGCCAAACCCAGACAAUGCUGGGCCAAUUGUGCACCGCCCUAUGGGACUCCCAAUCACAGCCAGAUGUGAUACAGCCUAGAUUUGAACCAGAGACUGUAGUGAUGUCUCUUGCACUGAGAUGCAGUGCCUUAGACCACUGUGCCACUCAGGAAGUUUGAGUGGAUUAUGAGGGGAUCCCUGAUGAAUUUCCUAUCACAAAAGGGGUCCCGGACCCAUAAAGUUAACCCCUGCUCUUAUAUUUACUUUUCCACAAUCCAAACAAAGGUUGCCACCACACUCUUGUUGUGACAUGGUGAACAUAAUGUAAAUGUUUAAGGAUGAAUAAGUAAUGAUAUCGUUUGGAAAAUGUUAUAAUUGUGUUUUUUUUUGUUGCACAUGGGCGAAAGAAAGCAUAUCUGUUCUUCGUGUUAACAUUGUAUUAUUGUUUGAAGUGGUGAUAGAAGUAUACUUACUAUUAAUAUAAUGAUUGUAAAGUUGAUAAUAAGUGAUACCAGAUAAACAUGAGACUAAGGCUGGAAUUCAGUCAAACCUGUACUGCAGGAAAACUUUUUUGGUGCAUUUCUGCAACACAAGACCUAAGUGAUUUUACAUGGGUUUCCUGGAGUGAAGGUUUAAUUGAAUACUCCCCUAAUAACCAUGCAUAUUAACUACGGCUAUUUAACCUAAUCUACAUCUAUAUGAUGGCUGGUUAUUUUUGCUAUUUGUCCUUUUUACUCAUGUUUUAUUUAUCAUCACAAUAUUGUGUUUGUGUAAAGCACAUGACCGUUCACCAAUUUGCUAAUAUAUUUUCAUAUGACCAUGCAUUUCUUUUCUUUUCAGAUAAUCUACAUAUACGUUUGUCUUAAAUAGGAUUCAUAUGUAAAUUGCUCUACAAAAAUAUCUUGAUAUUGGUGUUGUACAGUUUUCACAGAGUUGGGGUAGGGCUUACAAUACUGUGUUCCAAAACCUGUUUCUAGGUCUACGUAUAAAAUAAUAUGUUAGUAAACAUCAUUUGGAGCCUAAUAUUCCUGUAAAUAUUUGCAGAUUUCUUUAGAAAAUACUAAAAUACAUUUUUACUUCCUGAUUUGUACUUUACUGUAAGACGAAUGCAAAGCAAUUCCAUGGUUUCAGCUGAUGUGACAACAAUAAUGUAAAUAUUUUGAAGAGUACCAUUCGAUCACUUAUUAAAACAUACAUGAUUUGUUUUCAAUAUGCUCCAAUUACUCAAAUCACAAUUUCUUUAGUUUGGCCAAAUUUAAAGCAUUAUCAAAGGCAAGAAUGUAGGUACUCUUCUUUUGCAGCACAUGGCUGAGUUAGCUGUGACAUGUAAGCAAGAGUAUAAGCAUUUCAAGUUCCGCUGAUCAGAAAGAUAUAACAAAUACUGUACAUAUGCACACAUACACACACAAACUCACAUGCUCACACACGCGCACACACACACACACACACACACACACACACACACACACACACACACACACACACACAAAGACACAUACGUACAUGUACACUCACACAAACAUGCGCACAGGUCAAGUGAAAAGGAGACUAAUGGGUCUCUUAUAGCUAGCGUUAAGUCACCCAUCUCAGGUCCGCACAACUCUAACUAACCAGUUCACUACUGAAGUGCUACAGACCCGUCUUAAUCUGCCCAGUGAUGCCACAGUACAACUGUUUGUAGUAUAUUAUAUAUGUAUGUAUGUGUGUGUUUCCGUGUGAGAGUGUGCACGUAUGUCAGCCAGUGGGAUGUUUUGAAAGCACAUCUCUGACUGGCAAAAUGUCUGCUUCAUAAAAUGGCUUCACUUUGAAAUAUGUGUUUGUACCUCACAGCGCAUUUGCUUUCAUAUAUUUUUAUAUUUGUAUACUCCGAUAAAAAGAUUCCUCUUGGUGAAUGACACGGAAGAAGUGACAUCAGAGCCUAAAUGAACCAUCUUGGUGACAGUGUGUUUGCGCACACUCACAGAUGAAACUUUAGCCUCCUGCCCUGCCCUAGGCGGUCCCUCUAUUGUCACUCCACAGAGCGGCAACCCCUCCCUCUUCGUGCCACUCACAAAGAGCAUCUCCAGAACAAGAUCUGUACUGAAACCUAUGAAUUACCUGUUUUAAUACACAUGGAGAAAAAACAACAACAUUGUCAAUAAAUAUUGUAUAUAGUUCUGAA